AUCAAUAUUCACUUCCACAGUAAUAUAAAACCAAAACAUGUCUGCUAGAACUGCUGCCAUCCGUCUUGCCCGCACUGCCGGUGCUCGUGUUGCUUCCCAGAGAACCUUCUCUGCUUUGGCCACUGCCACCCGCCCAAUUGUUUCCAGACAAGCUGCUGUUCCAGCCGGUGUCCGUGGUGUCAAGACCAUCAACUUUGGUGGUACCUCAGAAGUUGUCCACGAGCGUGGUGACUGGCCAAGAGAAAAGUUGUUGGACUACUUCAAGAACGACACCCUUGCCAUGAUUGGUUACGGUUCCCAGGGUUACGGUCAAGGUUUGAACUUGAGAGACAACGGCUUGAACGUCAUUGUUGGUGUUAGAAAGAACGGUACCUCCUGGAAGGCUGCCAUCGAAGAUGGUUGGGUCCCUGGUGAGAACUUGUUCGAUGUCAACGAGGCCAUCAGCAAGGGUACCAUUGUCAUGAACUUGUUGUCUGACGCUGCUCAGUCUGAAACUUGGGCUGAAAUCAAGCCUUUGUUGACCGAAGGUAAGACUUUGUACUUUGCCCACGGUUUCUCCCCAGUCUUCAAGGCUUUGACCAAGGUCGAAACCCCAGCCAACUUGGAUGUCAUCCUUGUCGCGCCAAAGGGUUCUGGUAGAACCGUCAGAUCCUUGUUCAAGGAGGGCAGAGGUAUUAACUCCUCUUACGCUGUCUGGAACGAUGUCACUGGUAAGGCUGAAGAAAAGGCUAUUGCCCUCGCCGUCGCUGUCGGUUCUGGUUACGUCUACCAGACCACCUUUGAGAGAGAAGUCAACUCUGACCUUUACGGUGAACGUGGUUGUUUGAUGGGUGGUAUCCACGGUAUGUUCUUGGCUCAAUACGAAGUCUUGAGAGAAAACGGCCACACCCCAUCUGAAGCUUUCAACGAGACUGUCGAAGAAGCCACCCAGUCGUUGUACCCAUUGAUUGGUAAGUACGGUAUGGACUACAUGUACGAUGCCUGCUCCACUACUGCCAGAAGAGGUGCUUUGGAUUGGUACCCAAGAUUCAAGGAUGCCUUGAAGCCAGUUUUCGAAGACUUGUACGAGUCUGUCAAGAACGGUUCCGAGACCCAGAGAUCCUUGGACUUCAACUCUGCUCCUGACUACCGUGUCAAGUUGGAAGCUGAAUUGGAAACCAUCAGAAACAUGGAGAUCUGGAGAGUCGGCAAGGAAGUCAGAAAGUUGCGUCCAGAGAACAAUUAAGUUCUUGGAUAGGCUUAUUGUUUCCCCAUCACUUUACGCUAUGGCACUUUGAUUUCUCUUUUUUUUGUACAUUUUUUCUUUUCAAAGUUGACCUUGAAUGGUUUUUAUGUUAAGACUGAGUGCCUGCGAAAAGAAUGACCCCCACCCUUUUUUCAAUUCUACACUUACUUUUUUUUCUCUCUCUUAUUUAUACUGGGUUGCUACUUCGGUUUUAUCAUAUUGGUAUAAAACUUACCUCUCUGCAUGAACAAUUAAUGUUUAACGAAUAAACAAUGUUCACUUUAAUAUAUCACAAAAAC